UUGGUGCAACCGAUAUCGUCGGUUAAUCCAUGUCAAUAAGUUGCUGUAUACUGGUUUACACAUGUUCGAUUGCAUUGCUUAGAAAACCGAAUGGGUGUUUUCGCGACUAUGAAAUUCUUCGAAAGAGUUCCAACCGUCUUUUAUUUGACUACAGGUCUUUGAGUCUUGCGUGUGAAGUACCGAGUUUUUCUAUCAUUCUAUGAAGUUUUAUAGUUUAAGUUGAUUUAUAAAAGUUUAAGUGACUUGAUUUAUUGCAUAAAAAGCAGGAGCAUGCAUAUAAAGCAGGUAAAUGAAUUGACAUACUUGUACGUGUAUCAAAUCGUACAAUCAAUGGCCUAAUAAUGUUACCUUUGUUCCAUAUUGGCAUUGGGCUGAUGCAUUUUAGAUGAAUAGUUGUCUUAAUUUGAUUUUGCUUUUGUAGUCAUUAAUUUGAUUUCUGUUAAUAAUAUAUAAUACAUAUUGUAUUUGUUUAGUUCAGUUAAAAUUUAUAAAAAAAUGUUUGUAUUAUAGAUGCAAACACAAUUCUAACAAGAAAGAUAAAAAAUAUCAAAUUAAUUCUAGUCUAAAUUAAUAUAUAUAUUUUGAAUUCUGCUCUUUUUCAAAUAUUGUAUUUUCAGAUUGUUAUUGAAGGAUUUAAAUCUUAUGGAUCUCACACAGUCAUAGGGCCUCUUGAUCCUGGGAAUAACGUUAUUGUUGGAAUUAAUGGAUGUGGAAAGAGCAAUUUUUUUGCAGCAAUACAAUUUGUACUUAGUGAUAAGUUUAAUCAUCUACACAAAGAUGAGCGACAAGCACUAUUGCAUGAAGGAGUAGGAUCACGUUCAAUGACAGCUUCAGUAGAAGUUAUCUUUGACAAUUCAGACAGGAGAAUAGCUAUUGAAAAAAAUGAAAUAUCUUUAAGAAGAGUAAUUGGUGCAAAAAAGGACCAAUACAUUUUGAAUAAAAAUGUUAUAACUAGAAAUGAAGUAGUAAGUCUUCUAGAAACUGCUGGAUUUUCAAAAUCUAAUCCAUAUUAUAUUAUUCAACAAGGAAAGAUCAAUGAAGUAGCAACAACUUCUGAAUUUCGCUUAAUGUUAUUGAAAGAGAUUGCUGGUGUACAUGUUUAUGAAGAUAAAAGAAAUGAGUCAUUAUCGAUUUUAAAUGAUACACAAACAAAAAUUAAAAAUAUUGAAGAAGUUCUCGAGACUAUUAAUGAAAAAUUAAAAGUUUUAAAAAAUGAAAAAAAAGAGCUUAAAGAGUUCCAGGACUGGGAUAGAAAAAUGAGAACAAUAGAGUAUAUUAUUUAUGACAGAGAAUUAUCUAUUAAUAAAGAAAAUAUAAAUAAGAUAAAAACAUUGCAUGCAGAUUUGAAAAAAGAACAAGCUGAAUUACGGAAUACUAUUGAGAAACUUUCCAAUGAAAUAAAAGAUGUCAAUCAUAAUUUAAAAAGAAUUCAAAGAAAUAUUGAAUUGACAGAGGAAGAAAAAGAUAGUCUGAGCAAAGAGCUUGAAAAACUUUUAGCUGAGAAAGAGUCGCAUUCAAUAAAACUAGAUGAUAUACAGCUAGAUAUCAAAUUAGGAACUGAAAAUCAAGAAUCCAUUAAUAAAGAAUUAGAGGUUUUAAAUGCAGACAUUGAAAAAACUCAAAAAGAACUAGAAGAAAUUAAACCAAAAUAUGAAAAUACAGUAAAAAUUGGAGAAGAAAUUAUUAGAAAGUUAGAUUCGCUAGAACAAAAUCUACAAAUAUUGUAUACAAGACAAGGUAGAGGUGCUCAAUACAAAACCAAAGAAGAAAGAAAUGCAUGGAUCAAUCGAGAAUUAGCUUUAAUUGACGAACAAGUAGGAGAAAAAAAAAAGCAUAUACACAAUCUUGAAGAACGUAUUGGUGAAAAUGAUUUAAAACACUGUGAAUUAGAAAAACAUCAACAACAUAUUAUAAAUGGUUUGGGAAAUGAAUAUAAUGCUGUUAAUAAAUAUCGCCAAGAAUUCAAUGAAGCUAACAAAAAAAAAGAUGAAUUUUCAGCUAAGAAAAAGGACUUAUGGAAAAAAGAAAAAGAUUUACAGAAUAAUAUAACAUAUCUAGAAGAAGAUUUAAGAAAAAUAAAUCAAGAUAUGAUUUCACGUUUUGGUAAAGGAAUAUUUAAUGGCAUUAAAAGUGUUAACAAAGUUUUAAAAACAUUUAGUGAACGUGCAGAUAUGAUUGAAAAAUUACAUCAAUAUUAUGGCUUAGUGGUUGAACGUUUUACGUCUGCUCCUGCUCUUUAUAGAGCUAUUGAAGUCACUGCAGGUAGCCGUCUUUUACAUCACAUCGUUACAGAAGCUAAGUUUGGUCAAGAAAUCUUGAGAGAAAUGAAUAGACAAGGUUUACCAGGCGUGGUAUCUUUCUUGCCUCUUGAUCGUUUAAAAGUUGAAGCUACAUUUUAUCCACGAUUUGAAAAUGCAAUACCAUUAAUAUCACAAUUGACAUACAGCGAAGAUAUUGUAAUUCCUAUAAGGUUUAUUUUUAGGAAAAUAAUUUUAUGUCGAGAUUUAAAAAUUUCUGCUGAGAUUGCUGCUCAAGGAAAAUUUGAUUGUGUAACUACAGAUGGAGAUCAAGUUUCUUCAAAAGGUUGGCUUAAAGGUGGACACCAUGCUAGUUCUAAAUCACCAAUGAAAAUGCAACAAGAUAAAACUUAUUUAAUACAGAAAAUGGAUUCUAUACGGAGAGAACUCUCAAAUUUAAAUCAGCAAAUACAAAAUACUGAUAAAGAAAUUAUUGAUUGUAUUAGCUGUUCACAGAAUGCUGAAACCAAGCGCAUUAAAGCUAAAGAAACUUAUGAUAGACUUAAGUAUGAUUUAGAAAAUAUCAAAGAGCAACUUAGAAUUUUAGAUAAUACUCAAAUAUUAGAAAGAAAAAACUUACAACAACUCAAGUUGGAUUUGAGUAAUUUGCAAUCAUUGAAACAGAAAUUGGUGGAAGAACUUGAUCAAGAUUUGAAUGACCGAUUAACAGAAGCCGAUGAACGUCAGAUUGAAGACUUGAAUAAAACUAUGAAAAAGUUACGAAAAGAGUUGAAGACUGUGUUUAAGGAUAGAAAAGAUUUAGAAAAGAAAAAAAUUGACUGUGAAAAUAAAUUAUUCAACAAUUUGAUUUGCAAGAAAAAAGAAUUAAAACAGAAAUUGCAAGAAAUCAGUUUAGAAGAUAACAAAACGACUUUACAAGAAUUAGAAUAUCAAGCCAACGUUAUUGAAGAAAAAAUAAAAAAAUGUAAGAGUGACUUCGAACUGAAUGAAACGAAAUACAAGGAUGCUGAUUCACAGAAACAGCAAAAUCUUGAAGAAUUGGAAAUACUCUAUAGUAAGUUAAAACCAGAUCAACUAGAAUUUGAGGAAAAGUCUAAAAAAUUGGAACGUUUAUCUAGCAAAAUAAGAAUACUUGAUGAAACCAUAGAUAAUACAAGAAGGAAAAUAGUUGAACUCGGACCUCUUUCAAAUAAGGAACUGCAUUCAAAAUAUCAAGCAAUAAAUACCAAAACAUUGUAUAAAAAACUAGAUAAUUGUCGAAAAAAUUUGAAGAAUUUUGAGCAUGUUAAUAAGAAAGCACUAGAUCAAUAUGAAACCUUUAAAGAUCAAAGAGAUAAUUUCUUCAAGCGAAAAGAAGAAUUGGAUAAGGCAAAUGAAAAAAUUGAACAACUUUUUAAUUUUCUUCAACAAAAGAAGUAUGAUGCAGUUCAAUUCACCUUUAAACAAGUCAGUAAAUAUUUUACAGAAAUAUUUAGUAAGAUUGUUCCAAGAGGAAAGGCUCAACUUGUUAUGCAGCAGAGUAAUUCACAAAGUGAAAACGGUUCUGAGUCAACAACUUCAUUAGAUGUGGAAAACUUGACCGGAAUUGGUAUUCAAGUGUCAUUCACAUCACAAACGAGUUCACUGAUAGAUUAUAAUCAGCUCUCUGGUGGUCAAAAAUCUUUGGUAGCAUUAACAUUAAUUUUUGCUAUCCAAAAAUGCGAUCCUGCACCAUUUUACUUGUUCGAUGAGAUCGAUGGGGAUCUUGAUACUGAUCACAGAAGAGCAGUGGCUCAAAUGAUACAUGAACUUAGUUUUGAAGCUCAGUUUAUCAUAAUCACCCACAGACCAGAAUUGUUGGAAUAUGCAAAUCAAUUUUACGGGGUGAAAUUCCAAAAUAAUAAAAUAUCCUCCAUUUUCGAAAUUAGUCGUGAAGAAGCAUUAAAAUUUAUUGAGCCUGAUCAAGCUGAUGAAGAAUAAAGUAAUAACUUGUACUUUCUGAAAAAAAUAUCAAAGUUCAAAUUCUAAACUCAAGUACUUUAAUAUGGGAAUCAGUAAUGUAAUGUAUUUAUAUAAAUUUCAUCGGAUAAUUUUAUUUAUUUUAAAUAAUCUUUUAUACUUCGUAAUAGUUAUUUUAUAAACCGCAUGUUAUAAGAAUACGAUCUACAUUGCCACUGUUCCAAUAGAAAUUAAAAAAAAAAUGUGAGUUAUUAAAAUAUAUCGAUUGCAUGUAAAAAAGUUGUUUCAGUUAGUCUAAAAAUAAAG